UGAACCUCAGACUGGAGUGAGCUGCUUUUAAAAAAGCCCAACAACUUGCCAUAUGAGGAGACUACUGGAAAAAAUAUUCCCUCUCAUACUUUAUAUUUCUUCUGUGAAAAAGUGAUUUUGGAAGACUUUCUAGGCCACCUUGCUUGAGGUGUCCUUUUCAGAAGAAGCAUGGCUUGCUGUGUGUUACAAAUCACUGGUCUAAUACUUGGAGGUGUCGGCAUGGUUGGGACUUUGGCAGCCACAGUUAUGCCGCAGUGGAGAGUUUCUGCCUACAUUGAUGGCAACAUCGUGGUGUUUGAGACCAUCUGGGAAGGACUGUGGAUGGACUGCAUCAGUCAGCUGGGCAUCAGGCUGCAGUGCAAAUUUUAUGACUCUGUCCUGGCUCUCCCUCCCACCUUGGAGGCAUUCAGAGCCCUCAUGUGCAUUGCAGUGAUUUUGUCAAUCAUUUCCUUUUUGAUGGCCAUUGUUGGUGUGAAGUACACUCACAGGACCAAGGAGGAUCAUCAGGGCAUCAGCAUCUUCGUACUGGCAGCUGGAGUUGCCUUUCUCCUGACGGGCAUCCUUGUUCUGCUCCCUGUGUCCUGGACUGGAGGCAGCAUCAUUCGCGACUUCUAUGAUCCGAAAGUCCCUAUGCCACUGAAACGAGAACUAGGAGCUGCUCUCUAUGUGGGCUGGGUGAGCACUGCACUUCUCAUCGCUGCGGGAGCAAUGUACUGUGGCUUCUGGUGCUGGGCUGACACUUCCUCAAAAUCCAGGUAUCCCUCGCUUUCCCGUCACAGAUUGCACAAACCCGACUUUGCAGGAGGGCCGCCCCUAAGUGUGCAUGCCUAUGUGUAGUUGCUCCAUGUGAUCUUUCUGCUUAGCAUGUCGAUAUGUAUUGAUUGACUUCAGUGUCUAAUUAAACUCUGAGUCAGUAGUGGAGGAACAAUUUUGUUCAUUUGCUAUUUACUAUUGACAUGCUAACACGCUUACAGGAAAUGGUAUUACAUGGGCAUUAUGUUAGAGCACAGUCAGAAGAACACUCUCACCAUUUUAUGGGAAUGAAGACUGGCGUGGGAACAGCAGCAGCCAGGAGUCUCUCAGGGAAGACGAACAGCAUAUGGCUGGGCUGGAAGGAAGGCAGCUGCUGUGCAAUAGCACCAUUGCCCUCCCUUAAACCCACAGUGUGCAACGGGAGCAGUGCAUUUUACUCUAAGAUAAAGUCUUCAUAAAGACUGCUCUAGGGCAGCAGUGAGAAGCAUGGAGUUGGCAGCAUGGCUGAAGCAGCUGCUGAAUGAAUGGAGAAGCUGCCAGCAGUCCAGCUUCUGAUACUGGCAUACAAAUGUCCAUGCUCUCCCGUCAGAGGCCUCUAUGAUUGACUGCAGAUUUCAUAGGUGCUUGUGCAGUUGAUGUAUCCUUCUUAUCUCUUCUGCGGGCACAGAAUCCAGCUCAUGGAAUAAUAUAAUUUUAAUCACUUCGCCACGAAUGUAUUAGCUUUCUGUUGCUUGCUACCUCUUGUCUUUCACAGCUUCUUCUGUUCUAUAGUCAGCAUCUACUCUUCUAUAAAAUUCAAGACAGACCAUCUGUCUUUAUGCACUUUAAAGCACUGCGCCAAUGUCAAGUACAAUUAAACAAGCCAGGCCACAUAAAUGUGUAAUACUCACUUGCCCACUGGAGGAUCAAGAGUCCCUGCCUACAUCGUCAAUAACACCCACGAAAGCAGAACCUGAAUGUUCUGACUGCUUUGUGUUCACAAGAGUUAUUUUAAAAUGUAGACUGAGUAGUCUGAUGUCUAUCUAUCCAUUGUGCAGAAUUCAACAGUGUUUGCAGUUGCAUGGUUUUUUUCCAUGCCUUAAAACUUGGAACCUGCUUUUGACAUGUGUGUGUCAUGAUGUUGAUAAAGGACCAAAGAAGGUCCAGUUCAAAACACAGUACUAAUGGAUAGUAUCAUUUAAUUGAUAAUUCCAUGACACAGGUACUCAGUUUUAUCCUUUAGUGUCUAUGAUUGUUAUCUGAAAAAAAGGUAUAAUGACUUCUCUAGUUGAGCAGAGCAAUGCUUCUAUAUAUUAAUUUGGCUGUUCAGUUUGAAGCAGAACAUGGAAAACUGCAUUUAAUUAAACAAGCCUUUUAUUAACUUGACUUCAGAUGAACCUAAAUGAAACAGUGCUGUUGAACACAGUUAUUCAUUACAUAUAUUAGCUAAUGUGCACUUACAUUUAAGACAACCAGCUCAGAUCUUUUAGUAGAAAUUUUCUAGUCACCAGAAAACAAGUUUAAUGUAUCCUGCUCAUCACUUGAGCAGUCAAAUCAGCACUUAUUAAUUCCAGAUGAGCUUUUAAGAGAACAUUUGUAAAUAGGUUUUCUAGUACUAAAACACAUAUUUUUUGUGUUGUCUUGUAUCUGCUGAUGCCUGUCACAGCAGUUGUCAUUGGGUCAGACAGCUCAUUUCAGUGGAGUCAUGCUGUUGACUUUGGUAAUAACUUAUACUACCCUGAGGACCUUCACCUAUUAUUGUAUUUAUGUCCUAUAAUAUAUAUUUUGCUUAACAAGUACAUUUUUGGUGAAUAAGCCAGAAUUACACUUUUUGAAUUAAUUUAGAUGAUAUUUGUGAUUAGCAAAGCAGAGUAUGUGAUACAUAUUUAUAUGUAAGUAGUGAAUUUAAAUGAUGACGUAUGCAAGGUAAUGCAACUUUAUGUAGAUAAAAGUGCUUAAGAAGUAAUUAAGUGCAGUUUUCUAUAACAUUAAAGGGUCCUGAAUGAUUUCCCUAUCAGUGGGUUCAUCUAGAAAUCAAAUUUGAACUGGGUGUGUCAUUUAGUAAUUUUAUUUUCAAAGAGUUGAAAGAGAAAACAGCUUUAUUUGAGCAUUUAAGAUUAAUUUCAAAGAAAAUGUAAGCUUUUUACAUCUGACAUUAACAUCUGAUGGCUGCAUAUUCCUCCAUUUUUCUAUUUUACCAGUUGAUCAAAAGAUGAGCUCAAACAAAAUCUCUAAGCUCAGACAACCUUGUGCUUUCGUGUGGGUUUGGACUGUGACCUUGAUUCCAAGUGUACAGCUAGGCUGGGAUGCUGUUUGGAUGUCUGGGUUUUUCUUGACACAAACAGCAUUUUCUGGUAAUGUGAUUUAGCGCUUUAGACUCACCCAAAUAUGUUUAAGAGUCUGUGAUACUAAAACUUCUGAAUUUGAUGCAGGAACAAAUUUCUUAUAAGAAUCUAAUCUGCAAUAGGUGUAACACAGUGGUUAGCCUUCUCCCUUUGGACAGAACAGAAAUUCCUUUAUUGUGGAUUCUGGUGGAGAAAACCCCAUUAAGAUGUUUACUAGAUAUUCUACCUCUGUAUGCGAGGAAUGCAUUUGGCUGAGUAAACUGUAUGGGUGCAUUUGCAUCUGCUAAGGGAAAUAGAGUUUUUUCUUCUUCAUUUCCCCCUAUUCGAAAACUGUGAUGCUCCGGACUGACUACUUGGAAGCUGCAGUUUGGAGGUGUGAGUAAGAAAAGGAAGUUCUAAGGGCUUUGAUGAAAAACUGCAGUUGAGCUUUGAAAAUAAACUGUUGCUAUUUAUGAGUUUUCUGAGGGUAACAGGAAGACCUUGGCUUGAAGGGAGCGAUGGCAGAGCUUGUACAGGUCUCUAGUGACCAAGGCUGCACCUUCUACCCUCUGUCUGCUGCUCCAGGAGAGCUCCUGCCCCUCCUGGGUUAUAUCCAGCCAGGCAGGGUCUCAGGGAACCCUGAGUGUCUAAGGUGACUCUUGGAGCUUAUACAGAUGGCUGAACGUGUCCGUUCUGAGUGAGAUAGGUGAGGAGAAGAUGCUCAGGAACGUGUGUAAUGCAGCAAAGACAUUUAGGGAAAGAGCCACCUCUUCACUCCAGGGCACAGGAGGGUUGUGGAAACAGAGAAUUGGUUACACACUGUGUGAUGGAGGACCAAGAAGCAGGGUGUGAAUAAUUGCCACUGACUGGACUUUUCUCUCAGAAGAAAAGUCCUGACACGUGAGUGUCAUUUGAUAUGGAUGGGCCAGAGAUUACUGAAAAAUUGUGUCAGGCUUUUGUGUGCUAGAACUGUUUUCACCGAGGAAUGGAGGCAGUAAACUUCCUUCAGUGAUGCUAUGUUCACAUUCCCCUAGGCACAACUGUCAGAAACUUCAGGCCUGCUGUAUUUGUUAAGAGCAGCUGAUUAAAUACUGUUGUUAAAUAUGGAGUUUAAUAUCUUGAUGCUAUUAUAUACUUUAAUAUUUUGUGAUUGCAGGGCAAAAUGAA